UGGUCAACGAGCGGGAGAAAAGGUUAUUUCACCGUUCCCUGUGUUUUCAUCUCCCUGUGUGAAGCGUUGAAUGACUAGUUUCACGGUUCUGCAGCAUCCAACCUACGACAGCAACGGAGCACGCCAUUGUGGAGUGCUGAACCGGAGAGGCGUGAAUUCAACGCCCCGCUAGCGCAAACAAGUCAUUCCGACAAUCGCUUUGAUUGCCUAACACUCUCGUUGGGACACUCUCUCCGUCGAAUAAUCCGUCGAUAUCUCCGGGGUUCUUAUUCCGAGUCGUCUCGAAUUUCACUAUCUCGCAGCAACUCGACAUGGCAGCCAUCAGGUCGCCUCUCGCGCUCCAGGCGGUCUCAGCAUCCUCCGCUUCUUCUUCCGUUUCUUCCUCCUCGCCACGCGGGCGAGUCCCUUCUUCCAGCCUCUUCGCCCAACCGCUCCCCCUACGCGCAUUGCGGCUCCGCCGGCGGAGCGCGGAUUCGCUCGAAGGCAAGCGUGGGGGAGCACUAGCCAUCCGCUGCGCCAUAGCGCAACCCAUGCCGGGGCUCGGCGCAGGGCUUGGCGCAGGGCUGGGCGCAGCAGUUGGCGCGGGGAACCAGAUUCCCCUUCCUUUCGCGAACGACAGGUGGUGGGAGCGGCGCGUGCCUGCCAACAUGCGCCACGUGGCGACCACAGCGGAAUUCGUGGAGGCGCUAGCGGCGGCGGGGGAUAAGCUCGUGGUUGUGGAUUUCUUCGGGACUUGGUGCCGCUCGUGCCGCGCCAUGCAUCCCAAGCUGUGCAUGCUGGCGUCGAAGCAUCCUGACGUCAUCUUCCUGCAGGUGGAGUUCGACCCCAACAAGCAGCUCUGCCGGUCGUUGGGCAUCAAGCGACUGCCGUUUUUCCACUUCUACCGGGGCGCUGACGGGCUGCUGGACGCGUUCACUGCCACCCUCACCUCGAUUGCUAAAGUAAAGGAGGCUCUGGCAAUUCACAACACAGACAGAUGCUCCCUGGGGCCUCCAGCGGGACCCCACCAAGUCUUACACCCUGAUGAAAUCACAGCAACACCCUGAUACCGCUCCCAACCCUUCAGUUGCUGCUCCUGCUGCUGGUUGACCUGGAUCUGGUUGAUGCUCCCUGGGGCUUCCUACAGAGGCCCAGCAAGUGCUGCAUCCUGAGAACGCUCCUAUCCUCUUGUCUUCAUCUGUGCUCCUGCUGCUGGUUGACCUGGAUCUGGUUGAUGCUCCCUGGGGCCACCUGGAGAGGCUCACCAAGCCGCGCUUCCUAAGAACACCCCCAGCCCUUUUUUGCACUGAGUGCUGCUGCCGAAACCCAGUCUGCUCUCUGCCUACUCUUUCUGCUGCUCUUGCUGCUGCUGCUGCUGUUCCUGCUUUUGCUCCUGCUCCUGCUCCUGCUCCUGUUCCUGCUUCGGCUGCACAAUGCUGUGCUUUCAUGUAAAUAUGUUGCAGUGAGGAAUCGUCUUGCCUCGGUGUUGUUUAGUCAGGCUUGGUUGUGGCUUGCUCAUUUUUAUGUAAUUUAUGGCUUGAUGUUUGCCAGUUUUUGUGCGAUUUAUGGAUUUUACUCACCCAGGGUGGGCACUCAGCAUAUUUGGUGGCUGACUUAUAAUA